UGCUCCAGCGGGCUGUGGUCCCUGCGCGCGGGCCCCCUUGCAGCACUUCUCCACUCAGACCGGCCCGUCUCGCCAAGAGCGGCCAGAGUCGCAGCAGCCAUGGGCGCCAACAAGGUUGUGCAGAAGUCGAAGGAGGCCAAGAUGAAGGCUGCUAUGGCUGGUGGCAAGUCCAAGAAGAAGAAGUGGAGCAAGGGUAAGGUGAAGGAGAAGCUGGCCAACCUGAUCGCGCCCCUCGCGCCGCGAAGCCCGAAGGGAGCCCGGCCCGGACGUCUUUGGGACGCUCUGCGGAGCAAGGCCAAGCUCAUCACCACGGCCAUCGUCUCCGAGAGGCUGAAGGUGAACGGCUCCGUCGCGCGCCAGGCCAUCCGCCACCUCGAGGAGAAGGGUCUCAUCGCCCCAGUGGGCGAGAGGAGUUCCAGCAUGCUCAUCUACACGCGCAAUAUUGCCGGCGGCGAUUGAGACUGGCUGCCAGUGCCUCGCGCCGCUCGCCGAGUCUGGCUUCAUCCUUUCCACCAUCCUCUUGUGUUCCUCAUCCUGGAUC